GUCCUAGUGGUUGUGCUUGAAUGUACGGAGUAGGCCGUAGGGCUAGGUACUGGAUCAAUAUGGACCUGGUAACCACCUUGCGGAUAUUGCUGCCCGAGCCCGCAUCCGAUAGGUAUGUACAAGUGCAAUCGGUUCGUGCGUGGCCGUCAGCACGAUGGGAGAUGCAGUUCCGGAAACUUCCCCUCACUCUCCCACUCCUGGAUUCCGCAUCCUGUCGUCCACCAGGGCCGACUUGCCAGUUUCUCUGUAGCGGCAGAACAGGCUCGACGCCAGUGGCACACUAGUGGCUUGUCCUGGAGACGCGAUGCUCCCAUAUUUUUUGUUCUCUGUAGGGCCCGAGCUCUCGUCCAUGCACGUUAUCUGCGAUCGCCAGGGGCAAGGUUAAUUGGGGUGGAGUCUUUUUGGGGAUGCGAGCCAACGGCGAUGCUGCCUUUCGAGGCUGUCUCCACAGACCUCACCACUCCGGGAAUGGUCCAGUUGAGGUCCCCACGAUCCCCUUGCGUAUCCACUUUCCAUCGAGUCUCCAGUGCUUUCCGACCUUCUGCUCCUGCAAACACUUCCCUGAUGCUCCUCCUCUCUUCUCCGCGCUCCCUCCUAAGCCCUUGUCUCUCUCUUACAACCAACCCCACGAUCGCUUGACCCUUCGAAUUGCUGAAUGCUGGUGAACUGGACCGCGCAUAAUUCACACCGUCCGUCUGUCGCUCCUUAGGCCAUCGUCAGUCCAAUUCAUAUUUCGCAGCCUCUCCGCGUCCUCGGCGUUUGCAUCGAUCCCGGGCGAAUCAAGGCAAAGCAAGGCAAAGCAAUUGGUACUCUACCAACGACGUCAAUCCAAUCGCUCAAGUUUCUCGCGGAACGAUUCGGGACAGUCGAGCCACGACC